UGCGCGUGCGUGGGCUGUGGCAAGCCAGCUUUAUGGGGGUCGCAAUGUGCGCAGAGCACGGCAAUGCCGCGAUGCGCGAACACCACGCUUCCUGUGACCGUCGGUAGGCAUUACAAGCCUCCUCCCGCAACAUGCUAUGUCACCUCCAACCGACGUCACGGAGCCCGAAUCGGAACACCAUCUGGUGCUGGUAUGCCUGCCAUGAUGAAAACAACCUGGCCGGCCACCACACGAUGUUUCCGCUGUGAACAUGGUUGUGUCGAACGGGGGGACCGCUCAGCACGACGCAGCACGCUAGGCCGAGCGUAGCUUCCGACAAAGAGCCAUUGCGAACGAGUAUUUAUUAUUGGUCGCCAAGGUUGUCCACGAAAAAGAGCGGCUGGUCGCCGCCGUCUUCGUCGCCGGCAUCCUGCGGUUCGUCCGCGAUGAUUCCUGUGUCGGCUUCGUUGACGUCACCUCCGCGUUGGUGGGACUUGGUCACAAACUCGACCUCGAGUUUCUAUGCCACGACAAUUCCUUCGAGUUAAAAGAGCGUCAUCAAACUAGCGAAAGCGUACCGCAGCGAGAUCGAUCAAGUCUGAAUCUUCCCAAGUCGACGACAGCAAUGCGCUGGACGUUGGGGCGGCAGACGCGACUGUUCCAAUCAGGCCCGAAAGGCGCGAUUUGUCUCCUACGAUCCAUCGUAGUACGCAUGUUGAACUCGGAUGGACAUCAUGGGCGUACCGCGAGCAACGAGCGUCAUCCAGUCGAUCAGCUUGAAUGGAAUUGCGAGUGACGUCAAGCGAGUGAUGAUGGACGUGAGCUGUGGUGCGUUCGCCUGGCGAGUGCGUCGCAGGAGUGCCUUCGCUUGUCGAACGAACAAAACUCCGCGAACGAAUUCGACGGGCGACAUGUUGGGCUGGAACGUGAGUCGACGCAGGGCCUUCAAUACCACGCGGUUGAACUGCAUCAAAAGCGUGUUCGAGUCGCCGGCGGCUAUUGUAGGCCGAGGCAGUUGGUUCGCUGCCAGGAGGACGUCGACGAGCCAGGACGAGUCGAAGCGAUCGCUUGUCACGAGCAAUUCGACCACGCAUUGGGAAGCAACGCUGACCGGGUCCGACUUGACGGGCGGAAUGUCUUCGAACAGGUCGUCGUCGUCCGAAUGGUCGGCGGCUGGCAGGGGCGUUCUGCUGGGAUAGAACACCGUGAGCACGACGUACGACGCGUAGAGGUGUGCGAGGGCAGACGUAACGUGGGGGCUCGUUGAGGAUGUGGCGUCGUUGGGAAGGUAAAAGGAGAAGGAUGUGUCGCUGGCGGAAGCGCCAAAAUCGCCAUAGACGUCUUGGAGCUGACAGAAUUCAAUCACUUUGAGCAGUUCAGAUAACGCGAGCUGCAGUUGGCGGCUCUUGAACACGUCGAACGACUCGUUCGUGCGCACCGCGCCCAUCCAAGAUCGCACGAGGGUGGAGAUAUUCGAGGCAUAGAAUGCAAUCGCGGCAUGCGGGUCUUGUUUGGCGGGGUACACGGAGGUGAAUCCGUUCGUAGCAAGCUCCUGGGUAGCUGUGUUUGCAAGCUGGACGACAGCAUCGACAAUUUUGAUGGGAUCGUCACUGGACGCAGGACCUUCGGCAACGAAGUUGGCAAACACGGACGGCGGUACACUCAACUGUUCGACGAGCUUUGUCGUGUUGUUCUGGCUCAAGAGUAUGUCGUAGUCGGCUUCGCAGAGUAACUUUUCGCUCGUGGCCUUCGUUCGGUGCUGGAGCGAUGCUUCCAAGAGUCGACCUAGGCGUUUGCUGUACACAUCAAGGUUACGCUGCAGGGUCGCCUUCAACGCUCCGCUCGGCAGCGUCGCAAUGGCCGUCCCGAGCUUGUCAUUGAGUUCGUCCUGGGUAAGCGCAAUGUCUGUGAGUUGCUUCAGCUUUUCGCUGAGCAAUGUGAGAAACUUGUCUGCUUGCUUGGUUGCCAUGGUCAACCUGGCGGCGCCACAACGAA